UCUGUUUUUCCUCCUUUUUGGACAGCGCACAACGGGGUGAAUUUUUUUUUAUUUAUUUUUGUUAUUUAUCAUGAUAUGGUAUGGCUGAAAACUAUAAACAAUAUAUUGAAAAGUAUCGAUGUUUCGUUACUAACAAUCCUUUAUUGGCUAGUGAAAUUGAGGUUGCAUUGAAAUGGGCUUCCUACAUAGUUGCAGGACGAUUUUCUCAAUCUCCGGUUGUGUCGGAGUUAAUUCACUCCGCAUCGAAAUUGAUGACAUUAUUAAAUGAUUCGAUUCUACGAAAUGCCGCAGGGAUACCUGUUCAUGUAAAUGCUGUUGUUGAAAAGCUUAAUGCCUAUCUUACUAUUAUUGAAUAUACAGAAGUGUUUGCUGAAGUUGCAACACAUAGAAUUCAUGGACCUCGUGCAAAGUGGUUAACAGUAAUUUCAAUACAUAUUUUAAAAUUUGCUAUACACCUUCUCCUCCUAUUCAAAUAUAAGCAAGGCCUUCACCAUUCACCCCCUAUCCCACCACUCAACAGACCAAAAGACAUACCUGAGCUUUGUAAGCUGAGUACAAAUGCUGGACCGGUCACUGAAAAUUCUCCCAAUGUUGAAGUGACCUUUACAUUGAAGACAACUGGAAGAGUAAUGAGGACUUUAAAUGCUGCUCCUCCAUUGGUAUCUCGAUCCUGGCAGUUGCCCAAAGUUGAUGAAGAUAAUUGUAGAUCUGUACAUAGUUCCCCUGCUAAACUCUCUGGAAAAUACUUAACUGCAGAAAUGCUUCACACUGCACGGCCAUUGGUUCAUUUGGCAUCCAUGAGAGCAUUUGGAGAGUUUUCUUGGAAACCUUAUUUGAUUGCCUUGGGAAUGGAUUUAACAAGUUUGCAUUUAUUGAGACAAAAAUCUGAUUUCAAUAAAAAAGAAAAACAGGAGAUUAACCGACGUGCCUUAUCUCUACUUCUGUAUUUACUCCGAUCUCCAUUUUAUGACCAGUAUUCUAAGACACGGAUAAUAAAUAUGCUCCAAGGCAUAUCUAAUCGUCUUAUUGGAAGUGGUCUUCUUUUGCGUCCAUUGAUUGAAUACAUUCCUGAAUGGCAACAGCAAUACUUUUAUGCCUGGUCGUCUUGAAGACUAUUUCUAUCUAUAUUUCGUGUGCACAAGAUACAAUGCUUUAUAUAUAUGGUUGAUUUGUCUAAAAUCGUUUCAUUUUGAUAAUUAUCAAUAAAUUUUAUCUUUUGA